AUGGCCGGCUUGGUUUUGCUUGAUAAGAGAAACCUGCUGAUUCGUCUGGCGGAGCAUCCGACGGUCGCAUAUCAUCCGCUCGAAUACGGAAAUAUGGUGUCUGCGACUUCGUUUAGAGGACUUACUAUCAAUCGGGCUGAACGGGUCCCGCUGCGCGACCGUAUCGAAUGCGUUACUGAGGAUUUAAAAGAGAUCCAAACUAUUCUGUCCAUAACGAUAUCCUUCAAGCGGACGCGACGACUCCGAGAAUUCAUAACCACUGAGCUGAGUUCGCUGCUCGGUGAGCCAUUCGAUGUGUAUAACCAACAGGACAAGGUCGAUUAUCUUCUCCUGAAGAAUUACCUCGAGCGACAGCUCCGUGACCUCGAACUCAAUGUGGAACGGGAUGAGAAAGCGAAGCCCUUGCUCCCCUUUGCUACGACGUUGGUCGAAUUAUGCGAAGCACGGGAGGCUGUUGACCCAGUGAUCCCAAAGAAUGUCGCUGAAAUUUUAUUCCGCACGCAGAAGGACGUUGUAGCCGUGAUUGACCUUGUGGAGAAUACGCCCGAGAAAAUAAGCGUGAAUAAGUCGAGCGCCUUCCGGGCGGCGAAGACCGUUGAUGAUCUACGCGAACAUUUGACCGAGUGGUUCGGCUUUUAUAAGGGGUACGAUCCCUUGUUUGACUGGUGGGUUGCCAGUCCGUAUAGCAGCAUCGACAGCACCUUGGAGAGGCUUUCAUCGACUAUCCGUGAGAAACUUGUCGGAAUCAAACCCGGUGACGAAGAUGUUAUCGUCGGCGAGCCGAUCGACCGGGAAGGACUACUCGCUGAACUGCAAGCCGAGAUGAUCCCUUACACGCCGGAAGAGAUUAUUUCUAUCGGGGAGAAGGAGUUCGAAUGGUGUGUCAGGGAACUGAAGAAAGCGUCACAGAGCAUGGGAUUCGGGGACGACUGGAAAAAGGCCCUGGAGGAAGUCAAGAAUGAUUAUGUCGAACCAGGCCAACAGACACAACUGGUCAAAGGUCUAGCACACGAAGCCAUCUCCUUUGUCGAGGAGCAUAACCUGAUCACUGUGCCCCAGAUUGCGAAGGAAACAUGGCAGAUGUUCAUGAUGUCGCCGGAACGACAGAAAGUCAACCCCUUCUUCCUGGGAGGGUCCUCGAUCAUUGUUUCUUAUCCGACCGACACGAUGGACCACGAGGCCAAGCUGAUGAGUAUGCGUGGUAACAACAUUCACUUCGCGCGUGCGACCGUGUUUCACGAGCUGAUCCCCGGCCACCGUCUGCAAUUCUACAUGAACGCGCGGCAUCGCCCAUACCGGCAACUCUUCGACACUCCAUUCUGGAUCGAGGGGUGGUCGUUAUAUUGGGAGAUGAUUCUGUGGGAUGACGAUCGCUUCGUCAAGACCCCGCAAAAUCGGAUUGGGAUGUUGUUCUGGCGACUGCAUCGAUGCGCCCGAAUCAUCUUCUCGAUCAACUUCCAUCUAGGCCGCAUGACGGCGCAGGAAUGUAUCGACUUGCUCGUGAAUGAAGUUGGGCAUGAGCGCGCCACUGCAGAGGGAGAGGUAAGACGAUCGUUGGCUGGUGAUUACUCGCCCUUGUAUCAGGCUGGGUACAUGCUGGGAGCGUUGCAGAUUUAUUCGUUGCGAAAGGAAGUCGUCGGGGGAGGCUUCAUUCGGGAAAUUGAUUUCCAUAAUCGAUUUUUGAAGGAGAACCGUAUGCCUAUCGAGUUGAUGCGUGCUUUGAUUUGCGAGAUGCCGCUGGGGAGGGAUUACAGUCCUUCGUGGAGGUUUUAUCGCCUAUAG